AUGUCAUCUGUGCCUAUGCCUAAGAACAAGAAGUUGCUUUUCGCGCCCGGCUCAGUAUCGAGUUUAUGCUUCUACAUAAUAAGUAAUAUACUAAUUUUUUCACUUAUACAUGCUGGCGUAAAUGUAACAACAAUAAGGGUUGUUUCAGAAUCCAGUUUCAUUUAUCGCGUUUAGUUGACUAUAAUUUCUUGAUCGUACAAUGUCACAACCAGACGAACCGAUGGAUGCUGCAGAUGUGGGUGAUAAUUCUAAUGCUUCUUCGAGCGACACGCCGUCUUCCAGAGGGAAGGAAGGUGAUUUCGAAAGUAAAAUCGAAACUGAUCGUGCAAAGAGAUUUGAUUUUUUGUUGAAACAAACUGAAAUUUUUUCUCACUUUAUGAGUAAUACUCCGAAAUCAGGCAGCAGUCCUCCUAAACCUAAAGCUGGAAGACCCAAAAAGAUCAAGGAACCUGAGUCUGUUGGAGGCCCUGGAGAUCAUCGUCAUCGAAAGACAGAACAAGAAGAAGAUGAAGAAUUACUCGCAGAAACUAAUACAAAAACAAAGACUAUAUUUCGUUUUGAAUCGUCCCCACCAUAUAUUAAAAAUGGUGAAAUGAGAGAUUACCAAGUACGUGGGUUAAAUUGGAUGAUAUCAUUAUAUGAAAAUGGAAUUAAUGGAAUUUUGGCAGACGAAAUGGGUCUGGGAAAGACAUUGCAAACAAUAUCUCUCUUGGGAUACAUGAAAAAUUUCAAAAAUGUUCCUGGACCCCAUAUAGUCAUUGUGCCGAAGUCUACAUUAACAAAUUGGAUGAAUGAGUUCAAGAAAUGGUGUCCUUCAAUCAGAGCAGUUUGUCUUAUUGGUGAUCAGGAAACUAGGAAUAUAUUCAUUAGAGAGACCCUCAUGCCAGGCAAUUGGGAUGUGUGCAUCACAUCCUACGAAAUGAUCAUAAGAGAAAAAUCUGUAUUUAAAAAGUUCAAUUGGAGAUAUAUGGUCAUAGAUGAAGCUCACCGUAUCAAAAACGAAAAGUCCAAGCUCUCGGAACUGCUACGUGAAUUCAAGAGUACGAACAGACUUCUGUUAACAGGAACACCAUUACAAAAUAAUCUUCAUGAAUUAUGGGCCUUGUUAAAUUUUCUUUUACCCGAUGUUUUCAACAGUUCUGAUGAUUUUGAUGCCUGGUUCAACACUAAUGCAGCACUUGGUGACAAUCAGUUAGUAUCACGUCUGCAUGCAGUUUUAAGACCAUUUUUACUGAGGAGACUUAAGUCUGAAGUGGAGAAAAAACUUAAACCUAAGAAAGAACUCAAAGUUUAUGUAGGUUUGAGUAAGAUGCAAAGAGAAUGGUAUACUAAGGUCUUAAUGAAGGAUAUUGACGUAGUGAAUGGAGCUGGUAAAGUAGAGAAGAUGCGAUUGCAAAACAUUCUCAUGCAGUUACGCAAGUGCUGUAACCAUCCCUAUCUGUUUGAUGGGGCUGAGCCAGGCCCACCCUACACUACAGAUGAACAUUUGGUGUAUAACUGUGGCAAAUUAGCUAUUUUGGACAAGCUAUUGCCAAAGUUGCAACAGCAGGACUCAAGAGUUCUUAUUUUCUCACAAAUGACUAGAAUGUUGGACAUUCUAGAAGAUUAUUGUCUUUGGAGACAAUAUAAAUAUUGUCGUUUAGAUGGUCAGACACCUCAUGAGGACAGAAAUAGACAGAUUGAAGAAUACAAUGCAGAAGGAAGUGAAAAGUUUGUAUUCAUGUUGUCCACAAGAGCUGGAGGUCUCGGUAUUAACUUGACUUCUGCUGAUGUUGUCAUCAUUUAUGACUCCGACUGGAAUCCUCAAAUGGACUUGCAAGCUAUGGAUAGAGCUCAUCGUAUCGGACAAAAGAAACAAGUAAGAGUAUUUCGCCUUAUUACUGAGAAUACUGUUGAGGAAAAAAUUGUUGAACGAGCUGAAGUGAAAUUGCGUUUAGACAAAUUGGUUAUUCAGUCUGGUCGUUUAGUGGACACUAAAAAUCAACUUAAUAAGGAUGAAAUGCUUAACAUGAUUAGACAUGGAGCAAAUCACGUAUUUUCUUCUAAAGACUCGGAAAUUACAGAUGAAGAUAUCGAUUCAAUCUUGGCUAAAGGUGAAUCAAAGACUGAAGAACUGAAACAAAAGCUGGAGAGCCUCGGAGAAUCAUCACUGAGAGCAUUUUCAAUGGAUACACCUGGUGCUACAACAGACUCUGUGUACCAGUUUGAAGGUGAGGACUACAGAGAAAAACAAAAGAUAAUACCUAUUGGUAGUUGGAUAGAACCUCCUAAAAGGGAACGUAAAGCUAAUUACGCAGUGGACGCGUACUUCAGAGAGGCACUGCGCGUCUCUGAACCAAAGGCGCCUAAGGCACCAAGACCUCCAAAGCAGCCGAUUGUUCAAGAUUUUCAAUUCUUCCCACCUCGACUCUUUGAGUUAUUGGAUCAAGAAAUAUACCACUAUCGAAAAACACUUGGAUAUAAGGUUCCACGAAAUCCUGAACUGGGUCCAGAUGCAGCGAAGAUACAAAGGGAAGAGCAACGUAAGAUAGACGAUGCUGAGGCUUUAACUGAAGAAGAAGUUCAAGAAAAAGAACAACUUUUGACUCAAGGAUUCACAAAUUGGACGAAACGUGACUUUAACCAAUUCAUUAAAGCUAAUGAGAAGUACGGCAGAGAUGACAUUGAAAACAUCGCAAAAGACGUUGAGGGCAAAACACCAGAGGAGGUUAUGGAGUAUUCAGCUGUAUUUUGGGAACGAUGUCAUGAACUUCAAGAUAUAGACAGAAUUAUGGGUCAAAUUGAAAGAGGAGAAGCGAAGAUACAGAGAAGAGCCUCCAUCAAGAAAGCAUUGGACGCUAAAAUGGCGCGUUAUAGAGCACCAUUCCACCAACUAAGAAUCUCUUAUGGAACUAAUAAAGGAAAAAAUUAUGUAGAAGAAGAAGAUAGAUUUUUAGUGUGUAUGUUGCAUAAAUUGGGCUUUGACAAAGAAAACGUAUAUGAAGAAUUAAGAGCUGCUGUACACGCGGCACCACAAUUUCGAUUUGAUUGGUUUUUGAAGUCUCGUACGGCUGUUGAACUGCAGCGCAGAUGCAAUACACUUAUUACUUUAAUCGAGAGAGAGAAUCAAGAACUAGAAGAAAAAGAAAGGGCUGAAAAGAAGAAGAAAAGUGGAAAUGUUAAUCAAAACACUCCUGGUGGCAAUAGUACAGGAAAAGGAGCCAAUUCUGGAAAACGUAAAACCGAUAAUACUCCGGAUACCGCGCAAAAGAAUAAGAAAAAGAAAAAAUGAGAUCCGGCUACACCCAAAACCACAAGGGUCACUAGGUCGGUUGCAGCCCGAAAAUAGAACUAAUCUUUAACAUCCCCAUACCAGAUGUCCACUUCUUUAAUAAGGUCUCUCUAAGUCUUUGAAAAAUAAUAUUUACCUUGAGUAUAAAUCUUAAAUUAAUCGAACUAGUUAACAUUCCCUUUUUAUGGUGUAAUUUAAUACUAUGAUGAAUGUGUUGUUUGAUCGUGGGUUAGUAAAUAAAAUAAACGAAUGAAUAAAA